AUGCUGGACCGGUUGGUGGGCCCUGAGCUUCGCCAGAAGCUUGACGAUUCGCCUGUUCUUGUCGUUGGUGCAGGAGGCAUCGGCUGCGAACUCUUGAAGAACCUCGUGCUGACUGGGUUCAGGAGUAUAGAAGUGAUCGACCUGGAUACGAUCGACGUCCGCAAUCUGAACCGCCAGUUUCUGUUUCGUCGCCAUCAUGUGGGUCAGUCUAAGGCCAAGGCGGUGGCCAAGAUGUGUCCCGAGGCACGCUUGGAGGCGUACCACGCCAACGUGAAGGAAGAUCGCUUCGAUGUGGCGUUCUUUGGGCGGUUCCGUGUGGUCAUGAACGCGCUUGACAAUGUAGAGGCGAGGCGACACAUGAAUCGUAUGUGCCUUGCAGCAGGAACCGUGUUAAUUGAGAGCGGUACCCAGGGCUAUGUAGGCCAAACCACCGUCAUCUCCAAAUCGGACGGUACCCAGUGCUUUGAGUGCAAACCAGUGCCUACACCACAGACGUACGCUGUGUGCACCAUUCGUAACACGCCAGACAAACCGGUACACUGCCUGGUGUGGGCCAAGCUCAUCUACGACACCAUGCCUCAGAAAAUCGUUCAGCUCGUGGGCACCACGUGCAGAUGCCAUUUCAAAGCCCAGACGGCCGCCAGACGAAGCGGCUGGAUCCCCAUCUUGAUGUCGAUCCUGCGCUGCGACGACGCUUCCACCACCGAGCUCGUACGUAUAGCAGCAGAUGAGGACGGAAGAUUUCGCACCAACCAACACGAAUUGGUAGAUGAAAUGGACGUCCAGCGCGUGGUGGAGAACGCCGAGGAGCUGGAGUGGACCACCUGGAAGAUCAACGCCGCCAAAGAGCUGCUGCGCAUCCUGGGGCUGCACGUAUUAAUUACCGUAGGCAUCACACGAUCGAUGGGCGUCUCGACGCUCGAUGUGCUGUCGCAGGCGCUGGGCGUGGGCUACUUUGUGAGAGUGGCGUGGUCGGUGUCGUUCUACCCGCAGGUGUGGCUCAACUACACGCGCCAAAGCGUUCGAGGGCUCAGCUUCGAGUUCUUGGCGUACAAUGCCACGGGAUUCUUCUUCUAUUCCAUCUUCAACGUGGUCACCUUCGUGGAGCAGCGCCGGCUGCACCUGGACGCGGCGGUGGAACCCAACGAUGUGGCGUUUGCGCUUCGCGCUCUGCUGAUCACGCUCGUCACCAUUGGUCAGUGCCUGGUGUACGAGCGUGGUGGCCAGCGGGUGAAUCGGGCGCAUGUGGUCGUUAUCCUGGCGUUGUGGCUGCUGGCGGCCUAUAACGUGGUGCUGUGUCUUCUGGGCAUAUUGCCUUGGGCGGCUCACGUGAAGCCUGGCACCGAGGCAACUUUUCAGUACACGCUGAUGCAAUACUUUGGGCUGAGCAAGGGCUUCAUCUCCUUCAUCAAGUAUGUGCCCCAAGCCUACUUCAAUUAUCAGCGUAAAAGCACAGUGGGCUGGUCGAUUGGAAACAUCCUCCUGGACUUCACGGGUGGCUUUCUUUCGUUCCUGCAGCAAGCUGCGGAUGCCUAUCGCCAGAACGAUACGAAGAUCUUCACCAAGGAUAUUUCCAAGCUGCUGUUAUCCAUUGAAUCAAUGGUAUUCGAUGUCUUGUUUAUGGUCCAGCACUACGUGCUGUAUCCUCAGCGAGCUCAAGUACAAGACGAGAUGAAGAACGAAGCACCGGAUCUUGUCGAAUCCUUAAUUGAUCAAGCUGCUGCUCCUGCUGCUGCUCCUGAUGAUCAGCCAGAGCCGGGCCAUGCUCGUUCGUAG